AUGAUUUAGGGUUUAUAACCCACUCGCCAUUGAUCGUCUCCUUUGUAGAGAAACAUGGGCACCAAGAAGAGAGUUAUCAGAUCUGGAAAGAAGAUUGCUCCUCCUGUCUCCAACAAACCUCGUUUCAAUUUCAUUGAGGAAACGUUCGUGAGUGCUGGUGGAGUUAAAACCAAGGUCUGGACACUUCCUGCUGCUGAAAUGCACUCUGUCAUGAACGAUAGUGAUAGUGAUAGUGAUAGUGAUGGAGAGCCCUAUCUGAAUUUCGGUGUUGGGGUUAACCCGCAUGAAUCCGUUCUCUCUAACUGUGAUAGAGCACAGCAGAAGAUUUCAGUUGGUCGAAACUUGGGUUUCACCAGACGUUGCAAGCUCAACCUCCUUAGGAAGAGGGGGCAGAUAUUGGAACACAAGCUUAUCAAGAAGCCUGCUCCUUUUGUCUCUCGUUUCAACUUCAUUCAGGACACGUUCGUGAGUGCUAGUGGAGUUAAGACCAAGGUCUGGACACUUCCUCUUGCUGAGAUGGACUCUGUCAUGAACGACAGUGAUAGCGAUAGCGAUAGUGAUGGAUCUCAUGAUUUAGAGCUCUAUCUGAAAUUGUAAAACAUGAUUGGAUAUUUUUUAAAAGUUUUUCUAUCCUAUCAUGAUGAUCUCUUAUGUAUUGGGGUUGAUGAGUCACUGUGAUGAUUUUUUUUAAAAAUUAAUGAUGGUUUUUAAAACUAAACAGAAUUUUGAAU